AUCUAGCGACAAUAAAAGAUCUUGAACCAGUUCGGUAGCCGUAGCUCGCGACCUUCGUACGUAGUAAAAUGGCAGCGUACAUUCAGGGAAGAAGAUGCUGUUUAACAUUUGGUCAUCGGCUCUACAGUUCGGUAACCAAACCUUCAACAAAUGUGUCAAAAGAAGGACUACUUCAGUAUCUCUACAACAGAUUCUAUGAUAUUGAGACACUUGUAGGAUGGAGCAGAUCAUUGAAGAACUGGAGCCUUCGUAAAAAGAAUGCGUAUUAUGGCUAUACCAAAAAACGUUAUGGGGAUUACAUUGCUGCAGCCUAUUAUAUUCUCUCACAGAAUGGUGGAGUAAGAUUUGCUGGACAAGAAGAAUGGUUUAGAGCUGACAGAGGAGGAAAAUUCAGCUGGGAUUUCUUAAAAUUCAAAAAUAUACCUUUAGAAGCUGUAGACGCCAGUGAGACUCUGAUGAACUAUGAUGGCUUGGAUAACUUGGUACCUUUAAAGGAACUCAAAUAUCUGUACAUGAACCACUGCCCUCACAUUGAUGACUGGUGUUUAAGCAGACUUCAUGUCUUCCAGGAUUCACUUGUAGAGCUGUCCUUGGCUGGCUGCACACAGAUCACUGAAAGAGGUCUUGCAGCUCUCCAUCACCUAAGACAUUUGAAACAUUUAGACAUCUCACACCUUGACAGAGUGGCAGACAAAGGGUUAGUAUGCAUCCUUUUGGAGGAAAUGUUACCACACUGUGAGAUUAUUGGAAUGAGCACUGAAGAUGGAUUAACCAGUUUAACAGAUGAGAGCAAACUAGCUAAAAUAAGAGUACAGAAUGUCAGUGACACCUGAAUCUGACAUUCUUUGAACUUUAUAACCAGUCUGCCUAUCUACUACAAAUGAUUUAUGAAAUUAUAAUUCUCUCGUAUUUUUUAUUUUAAUAACUCACUGGCUUUAGCUGGGCACAUGACCUGCAUUCAGGUCGACUUGGACUUCAACAGUACAAACAAGGGCAUCAAGCUAAAACUAGGAUGAAAUUAGUAUAUACUGCUAACAUUAUACAGUUGAUUUAUAUGUCUUAAAACACCAACAAAUAUAUUAUUGCAUACCACUUUCUGUAUAUUUCAUAAAAUAAUAAAACGAAUAUGAAAAGA